UCCAAAACGGGGUUACCGUCUCCCAGGUCGUGACUAUUCUGCAUCUCGUAUAAUAAGUAUAUCUGUCCGUGAUACCCAUCACCUUUCACUUCCUACCUGUCUUGGUUCUGCAUCCCGUUUGUCUUCUGCCAUCAUCAGGCCCCCUUAACGAAUACACCGCCUUGAGAGAUGACGGCUAGACGAAACAACGAUGCGACCAUGGCUGUUGAAGAGACCGUUUCGCCCACGUCCUCGACCCAAAAUACCAUCGACGCAAACAAAGCUCGCGCUAGUAGUGGCGACGGCGACACCGCCGUGGCACUCUCUAGCGAGGAAAAAGAAAAGGCCGACCAUGCCCUGGCCGACGACCAGUAUCCUCAUGGCUUGAAACUCGUCCUCCUCGCCGGGGCGUCUCUCGUCGCCGUUUUCAUGAUUGCAUUGGAUCAAACCAUCGUCGGCACUGCAAUCCCUAAGAUCACGGACGAGUUCCACAGCCUCAGCGACGUGUCAUGGUAUGCCGCCGCAUACUUUAUGACGUUUGGCGCGGCUCAGACUUCGGCCGGCAAGAUAUACAAGUACUACAACCUCAAGUGGAGCUUUCUGGUGUCCAUGCUCAUCUUCGAGGUCGGCAGUCUGGUCUGUGGCGUGGCACCUAACUCCAAGACUUUGAUCGUGGGACGGGCCAUUGCUGGGUUAGGCGGCGCGGGCCUCUCUGUCGGCGGGACCAGUAUCGUUUCGUUUACUGUGGCGCCAGCAAAGCGACCGAUGAUGAUGGGCGUGAUUGGAAUGACAUAUGCUAUUGCGGCCGUGUUGGGACCACUUCUCGGUGGCGCUUUUACCGACCGCGUCAGUUGGCGAUGGUGCUUCUACAUCAACCUGCCGAUUGGAGGAGUCGCCGCCGUCGCCGUCUUCUUCUUCUUCCACCUCCCCGCGGCUGCAGCACCUCCUCAGGUCACUUGGACGCGCAAAUUGUUGCACAUCGACCCGGUAGGUGUGGCUCUGGCCAUGGGAAGCAUCACCUGCUUCAUACUCGCUCUUCAGUACGGAGGAAACUCGCAUCCGUGGAACAGCAGCGUGACGAUCGGUCUCCUGGUCGGGUUUGGUCUUGUCGCCAUCGCCCUCGUGGCAUGGGAGAUCUGGCUGGGCGAUUAUGCCAUGAUGCUACCGAGACUGUACAAGCAGCGCUCCCUCUCCGCCACGGCCCCGUACCAGUUCUUCUUCAUGGGCAGCUACCUUGUCCUCCUGUACUACCUCCCCAUAUACUUCCAGAGCAUCCUCGGCGCUAGCGCCAUCAAAUCUGGCGUCAAUAACCUGCCUCUCGUCCUUGCCGCGGCCGUUUUCGCCCUGGCCGGAGGAGCCGUCGUCAUGAAAACCGGUCGGCCGCAGCAGGUCAUGUUCGUCGGCUCCCUGCUAUCGACCGUCGCCCUGGGCCUGAUUUACACUCUCGACAUCGGCACCCCGACCGCCAAAUGGGUGGGAUAUCAAUUGUUUGUCGGCGCCACUCUGGCCUUUGCCAUGAUGCACGGACUGAGCAUUGCCCAAGCAAACGUGGGCCCCGACGACCUCGCUGCAGUCACGGCCAACCUGUUGUUCUUCCAGACCGUUGGAGGUGCGUUCAGCACUUCGGUGGGCCAAGCAGCUUUUGUCAACCGGCUGCUGGCCACUCUGCCCAAGACGGCCCCGGGGGUCCAGCCAGCAUUGGUACUUCUGACUGGCGCCACCGACCUGCAUAAUGUCUUCGCACCGGACGUACUUCCGGGCGUUCUCCAGGCGUACAUGGUCGGGCUCAAGGCCGCCUUCGCAGUCGCGCUCGCCUUUUGCGGUGUCGCCUUUGUGUGCUCACUGGCCAUCCCCAUGAGCAAGCUGCCCAGUCAUACCGGCGUACCGGGCGAAGGUCCCGUAGAGAUGCAGAUCGGCUAGCUCAUGUCACCGCACGGUGAGUUGUCGUCUGCUCCCAGCAAUCCCCAAGCCUUGUCCAUGGGGUCCGCCAGCCGCGACCUGGGGAAGGGCAAGUUGUUGUUGUGGUUGAUGGUUCCGAGGGUUAGGUUGUUUUCUGUUACAUAGUACCUGUACAUUUCAACGAUCUCCUCUCUCGUGUGAGGAAAAUGCAUUCUCGGUAUUAGUAUGCCGGUGGCCUUU